AUGCUUAGGUACUGGGGUAGUCUUAGCGAUAAUGCGGUUCGACGGAACCGCGAAUUGGUUUUAAUUUGCAUCGGCAUGUAUGUAAAAGAUAAACGUCCGUCGAUUUCUCCCAACUUUAAUUUUCUUGGACAGUUACUGGAGUUCGAACAGCAGCUGAACUUGCGAUGGCGCGGCGGCGACCUCCCCUACCACCGCAUCCCCUGCCCAUUCGUCCCCUCCACGCAAUCUUCCAAUCACGUUACCUCAGUGCACAGCAGCUCGAUCGAGCGUGACCUUGAGGUGAAGCCCGCCGAGGUUUCGGUUUUUACCAGAACCAACGUCGAAGAGGGAAGCACGUUCUGCCGAGAGGAUUUUGAGGAGUGGCGAACCGACUCUUGGUCUUCAAAGUUCUCCGUUUGUGAUCGUGCAAACGUGUUCGCAAGCGGACUUUCCGGCAAGCGAACGACGACGACUGUGUGCACCAGCGAGACAAGCAGCCACCGCCAUUUUCGUGACCCUACUCGAUCUCCUGAUCGGCCUGUUCACCGGCAAGAAUACGCACAGGUGACCGUAGUGUUUCUGUUUCUGUCCAGGUCUGGUCGUUGCUUGUACGUGAAUGCUUGA